UUUUUUUUUUUCUAUUUUUCAUAAAAAAAAACGACAUGUCAGCUAAAUUACCCGAGUUUAAACAAGAAGAGUAUCCACACGAUUUAGAAUUAAAACUUUUACAAAUUGUUCAUAGACAUGGUGAACGAUCGCCUGUUAGAAGACGACUAGAAAAUAUUAUUCCAUCUAUUUGGGAUAUGUGUGAAGCAAAUAAUGCCAUGUUUGCUACAAUUACUAAAUUUGAAAAAGAAAAAGUCCAAGGUUUAGGCUCUGUUCGUAUGCAAAGAAUAAUUGAAACAAGUGAAACGGAGGGUCGUUCUUCUGUAUCAACUAAACCUGGCUCUUGUUAUUUUGGACAAUUGACGAAUUUAGGAAGAUAUAGAAUGACACUUCUCGGUGAACGUAUUCGAGAUUUCUAUAUUAAAAAACUACAAUUUUUACCUGAUUUAUUUGAUGAGGAAAUCAUUUACGUAAGAAGUACAGAAUACAACCGUACUCAAGAAUCAGUACAACAACUAGUAGCUGGAGGCCUUUAUCCAGAAGGUAAAAGAUCUGAUAAUUUCACUUUAAAACUUCAUGUUCGUGACCCAAGAGACGAUCUUAUGUUUCCCAAUCCAAACUGUUAUAGACUUCGUAUGUUAGCAAAGGAAUUUAAUAAAAGAGUAUCGAUUUUGUGUCAAGAUAAAUUUAAAACACUUUCUGAAAGAUUUAAAAAAUAUGUCGAUGAAAUCUCUUUGGAUAGUCACCCAUCAGCAAAUGGCGUUUUAGAUACUUUAAUUGCUGCUAAGGCUCAUGGAUAUAAAUUACCUACAGAUAUUGAUGAUGAAAACCUCUUGAGGGAAUUAGAAGAUGUAGUUGUUAAAGAAUGGUUUUAUGGUAAUAUCGUCUCAGAAGAAGUACGUAGAUUAAGUUUAGGUAGAUUGAUGGGUGAAAUUCGUGAUCGGAUGAUUAACAAGAUUAAUAAUGAAAGAGAAGAAAAGCUUAAAUUAGCUAUUUAUUCUGGUCAUGAUACUACUGUUGCUCCCCUUUUAAUCAUAUUAGAUGCAUUUGAUAAUAGAUGGCCUCCUUUUGGUAGCGCUAUUUUGUUUGAAUUAUUUAAACAAAAGGGUACAGAUGAACAUUUCGUUAGAAUUAAAUACAAUGAAAAAACUCUAAAAUUACCUGGCUGUGCCUCAAAAGGUAAUCAUAAAGAAGGUGAUCAGUCACUUUGCACACUGGAUGCGUUCAAAAAAAUAGUUAAAGAUCAAGUACCAGUUGAUUGGGAAAAAGAAUGUCAACUUUAGUAUCUUUUCCCUCCCUUCUCCUCCUCCCCCCUCCCAUCAUUAUUACGUAAUAUUAUCUGUCGUUGUUUUGAACUAAAACAUUUUUUAAAGAUUAAAAUUCAGUAUACGCUCGCAUUA